UAAAACUAUAUGCGAUCAAAGGUUCAGUUCCGCGGAAAGCGCGCUCGAAAGCUGUCCUGCGAUGCGCGUGCGAUUAUCCGGAAAAUGUCUUCGCUGAGAACAUCGAAGAGGGUGAAAAACUCGAGUGUGUCUCGAAAACAAAAUGGUUUCCGGGAGGGAAGCAACAGAUGGACGGAGGAGAUAAGCGAGGAGGUGGAGGACUCCGAGGACGCGGAGGAAGCCGGCUACAUCUCCAGCGACGAGUCCACGCACGCCCCGGACCUGGGCGACCGGCUGAGGGUCAAGUCCAGGGAUAUCUGGGAGUUAGAGACAAUUCAGCACACGCUGAAACAGCUGCCGUUUGCUGACAUCGUCUCCAGUUCCAUUGAGGCGAAUCAUUACGAGGAGAUUAUAGCGUUCGUGGAAGAAGAACCUUCGGGUUUACACACAGCAGUGCUCUACGCCUGUUGGAUGGGACGUUGCUCGUUAUUGUCCAAACUGAUAAAAGCCGGAGCCGACCCCAACAGCUGUGAUCAUGAUGGCAGGACCUGCUUGCACUUAAGUUGUUUGGUCGCGAACGAGGAGUGUGUGAAACUAUUGUUAGAGAACGGAGCAGACCCCAAUAAAUGGGAUUCGAUAACUGAGAAGAAGGCAACGCCCCUGCAUUGUGCUGCCAGUGCCAAAUCUCUGCCGUGUGUUAAGACAUUGCUAAAUUACGGUGCAGACGUGAACGCGGGGCUGAACGAGCACUCCCCUCUGCACUUCGCCGUUCUGAGUGACGCGCCGGAAGUUGUGAGCGCGUUGUUGGAAGCUGGCGCCUGUCCCGACACACCACAGGUAUUCACUGAGACCCCGCUGCACGUUGCCGCAUCGCUGGGCUCGGCUUCGUGCAUGAAACUCCUGCUGGAUGCCGGAGCAGACGUACGAGCCGCGUUAGGCUCCGGAAGAGCUACAGCUCUACAUUUGGCAGCAGUUGAUGGACACGCUGAGUGCGCAUGUCUACUCCUCGAUCAUGGGUCGCAGAUCGACGAAGUGAAUUCGAGAGGGCAAACCAGUUUACAUUUAGCAACGCUAGCACAGUCAAUAGAGGUGGUGGAGCUGUUGGUAGCCAGACAUGCCAACGUGCGAGCGCGGGACGUAGACGGCAGAACACCGCUGCAUGGAGCUAUAGUCAGAGGAGCGAGAGCGUGUGACGUGGCCAGGAUCCUGUUAUCCGCUGGGGCUGAUCCCAACGCUGCUGAUAACUUUGGCUACACGCCGUUGCAUAUUGCUGCCCUAAAUGAAUUCUCAUCGUGCGUCCUGUUGCUUCUAGACUACGAUGGGGAUGUGACUCUGCGAACGAACGGAGGAGUGUCAGCCUUAUCUUUUAUCGUUCGGCGGGUCCCUGAUGUGAUUCCCCGGUAUUUGUGUAAAUUCGACGAUGCGGUCCAUGUGAGCGAGCACGAGAUAGGCGACGUGGACUGUGAACUUACAAUAGACUUCAGACCUUUGGUGCCUUGCCUAACGAGAGGGGAAGCCGAGUUGUUACUGGCGUUCGUAGAAGUCGGACGCAAGGAUGUUUUGAAGCAUCCCGUAGCGGAAACAUUUCUCUUUCUCAAGUGGAGAAGAAUAAGGAAAUUCUUCGUUCUAAGCUUUGUGUACCACGCACUAUUCAUUUCUUUAUAUAGCGUGUAUAUUUUACAAAUUUUCUCAUGCGAAGACGUUACUUGUGAUGUCCCUUCGUACCUCCGACCAGUUCAAUACUUGAUACUCCUGCUGAAUCUAUGUUUUCUGUCAAAAGAGAUCUUUCAAGCGUGCCUUGAUUGGUCAGCUUACAUUCAACAAUGGGAGAAUUGGCUUCAGUUGCUUAUCAUUCUAGGAGUGUUCUUGUGCACAAUUCCAACGUGGUACCGAGGAACAAAGCUAUCCAAUGAUGAGCUGGAACAGAUGAACACAUCGGGAUGGCAGCACGACGUCGCAGCCAUCACAAUAUUUUUCUGUUGGUUGGAGCUGAUGAUGAUCGUUGGACGGUUCCCUACAUUUGGCCUUUAUGUUCAGAUGUUUACAACAGUUUCAGUUAAUUUUGCCACGUUUCUCCUCGCCUACAGCUGCCUACUGAUAGCUUUCGGUCUAGCAUUCAGCGUGCUCUUCAGCAACUACCCUGCGUUCCAACUGCCCGCUGGAUUGGUCAAGACUGUGAUGAUGAUGUCAGGAGAGUUGGAAUACGAGGACAUUUUUUACAGCAACUGCACAAAGUCUCAGAUACAUUAUCCCUUCACUGCACACGGAAUGUUUCUUAUAUUUGUGCUGUUAGUGACGGUGAUAUUGACGAAUCUGUUGGUUGGUUUAGCUGUAAGCGAUAUCCAGGCGCUACAGGAGAGCGCAGGUUUGGACCGUUUAGUACGGCAGACGCAGCUGGUGGCACAUUUGGAGAGCAUGCUGUUCAGCUCCUUACUGACGUGUGCCCCUCAGCAACUGUUGGCAGUGUUACGUUGGGGCGCUCUGCUGACUGCCGCAUCAAAUAUGCGCACUUUGAACAUACGGCCCAACGACCCCAGAGAGAACAGAAUACCCAGGGAUUUAAUUGCUUCCAUAUACAAAAUGGUGGCGAGCCGGAAGACAAAGAAAAAGAGUUUCCGCAAGAACAACAAUUACGAGUGUCGGAUACAGCAGAGUCAAGACGCGGAGCAUAUUGAGAGACAACCGACAGUGAAAAGGAAAAGUUAUCUAUACGACAGAUUCUCAUCAGAAAGUCAGAAUGUUGAAAGACGUAAACGAACCACGUCAACCACAGAUGUUAGAAAUCGACCGAUGUCCCUAACAAUAAACGCAAUACAAGAUAUCUGUAUGGUGGAUGUUAAAAAUCAGCUAUCAGAUUUGACGAAGAAAAUUAACAGAUUAAUAGAUGCAACUGAUUCAAGAUUAAAUUUGAUUGAAAAAAAGUUAGAGAAAAAUAAUUAGCAUUAGAAUAAAGUGUAUCAUUUUAUUUAAU